UAUAUAUCUCUACAUAUCUAUAGUUAGGGUCCUAGAAUAACAUCGUUUGAGUUGCUAGUUGAAUGUAAUUCAUAUGAAUGACAUUCACUAUUCAUAAUCAUCAUCCUAAUAUUUCUAAACAUUUGUUUUAUUGUUGCAGUUCUUCAGCUUCUAAACCCAAAGUUAUCAAGAAUAUCAAAAGCAAUGACCAAAACAGUCGGAAUCUGUGGGUCAGUGGUCUUGCCACAAGCACCCGUGCUACAGACCUUAAAGUGCUUUUUACCAAAUAUGGCAAGGUUGUUGGUGCCAAAGUAGUGACAAAUGCACGGAGCCCUGGUGCUCGAUGUUAUGGUUUUGUAACUAUGUCUUCUUCACAUGAAGCUUCUAAAUGUAUUCAGCAUUUGAAUCAGACCGAACUGCAUGGCCGUAUGAUAUCCGUUGAAAGGGCUAGAAAAGAACCUACAACUCAGACUAAAGCACCAGAAAUCAAGUCAGGAGAAAAGAAAGUAGAAAAGGCUGAGGUGAAGAAAGAUGAGAAAAAAGAUGGUGUGAAGAAAGUUGAGAAGAAAGAUUUAAAGAAAGAUGACAAAAGCAGGAGAACAUCCAACAGAAGAGAUGACAAAAGACAAACUAGCAGAAUCAGCGGAAGUCAUCACAAAAGCUCAGAUAAAUCUCAUGCAGCUACACCGAAUAAGAGUGCAGCUAAACCAGCAACAAGUUUGAAACCAUCUACAAAAGAAGGCUCUGAGAAAAGUGCAGAGCCUGCAGCCGCAGCAGCAGCAGCAAGCACCAAAGAGAAAGUUCCCAGUACAACAAAGCCUAAACCCCGAGGGCCUGGUGACCCUUCUUCCAAGAAAGAUAUUUUAUCAUUUGCUCAAAUAAAAAAGGAAAGAGAGCGACAGCGUUUACGUCAGAGACAAAGGAAUCGUAGGGAACAGGAGAGGCGUCGGUUGAAAAAACUUGACAUGGCCCGGAUGCUUCAGCAGAAUGUGGAACGGGAACAGAAGGAGGAGGUGAAAAGAUUGGGCAAAGUUAGAGAGAAGAUAAGGUUAGAGAAAAUGAAAUUGGAAAAAAUGAAACUGGAAAAGGAGAAACUAUUAAGAUACAGAAUGGAAAAAGAACUUCUUGAAAUAGAAAGACGUAAUGUAGAGAUGCGUUGUGCUGAGAUGUUGCGGUUAGAAGAGAUGAGACAUCCUGCAAAAAGACCUCAUGAUCGAAGUGGCUUUCGUGACAGAGAACUUUGGGAUGAACGCAAACGCUCCAGGAUGAGCAGUUCUGGCAACCCCUCUAGAUUUGAUCUUCCAUUCCAGAAUGAAUCACGCUAUAAUGAAUAUGAGAAUACUGAUUACGGAAGACGAGUUGAACAUUACGAUAGAAGGGACAGCAGAGCUUUAGAAGGUGGAAGCCGCUAUGAUGAACGUAAAGAAAGAGAAAUGAUGAGAAGGGAAAUGGGUCCUUUCCGAGAUAUUCGAGUCAGAGAUGAAAGACGAGCUGAAGAUCGUUCUCGAACAGAUGAAAAACUCAACAGGAUGCCCUUUGAAUUAAGAAGAGAUAUGGGACCAAAUGGAGAGCCUGAUCGAAGAUAUGUUGGUCCCGAUCGAGGACGUGAUAAUGAUCGACGAAAUUUAUCAGCUCACGAUAGAUUGGGCAGGGUGAGAAAUUCUGUUGGUGGUGGACCUGACCAGAGACCUCCUUGGGGUUCUGGCAGUGUUGAUAGGAAAGUGGACAACUGGUCCCACAUGCAUGGAGACAUGGACCAAUCCAACGAACCGUGGCUUAGUAACCCCAUGGACAAAACGGGGCGUGAUGCCAGUGGGGCAUUUGUUGACAAUAGUAGACCUGGUAACAGUGGGGGGAUGGGACAGAACAUGGGACCUGGUAAUAUGUUUGGCAACACUCAGUCACACAGUAGGAUCAUGAUGGUUACACAUGGUGGUGGUAGUAGUGGUGGCAGUGGCGGUGGUGGUGGUGGUGGUAGUAAUAUGAGUGGACGUAUGCAAGAGCCUCGUUUUGAUGCUUAUAAUAUUAUGGGAUCUAUGUGAAAUCCAAAUUGAGGACUGAGGUCUGAGUCAUGUUGAAGUGUUUGAUUUGGAGGGGCUGAGGGUGUCUCAGACAGAUAAUAAAACCCUGCCCCCCAGCCAAUAUAUCAUCCACAUCCUGCAUUCCAUUUGUCACGUAGUGCUUGGUUCUUGGACAUCCAAUCAUAUUUCUGCCCUUCCAUAUUUUAACGCAUGCACACACACAGACACACACACAUAAAUAUAUAUAUAUAUAUAUAUAUAUAUAUACGUACUGCCUUCUCCCUAUCUUCACUCUACUCCAACAUUACUGUCUUAAUAUAUUUAUUUCCUUCAUAUUUGUUGCUAUAUUUUAUUACUGUUAUUCCCGACACACACUUCCCACAGUUGAAUAUAUUAAUGAAAAAGGAGGGGUCGGAGCCCAGAUAUAUUGUAUUCAUGAAAGUGGGGGGAGAGGGGAAGAAGAGCAACCACAGAAUGUAAUAAAGAAGUGAGAGAGACCACAUAGAAUUUAAUAUAUGGAGAAAUAAAUUUUAUUCACUAUAAAACACA